CAAUGGGAAGCUCAUAGACAUGGACGUCACAGCUAGGGAUACCAAUUCUCUUCGCGUAAAUUAUUUUGUUACUGCCAUUGCUGCCAGUCAACUGCAACUGCCUCGACCGCGACUGACCGCGACCGUGCAUUGCAUGGCGUGCAAAACCGUGACAGUGAACGUAAGUGAACGUGAAUUAAUUACAUCGAAUUAGGUAAGAUGUGAAUGCAUUAUAAAUGGCAAUAAAUCACACGUUACGAAGAAACACUGUUCGUUACUUGGUUAUAAUCGAUGAAACAGUUUAUCUGUAAUUGUUGAAUUGCUACGAUACUGUGGUGCGUGCUCUUCGCUCUUUAAUCAAUCAGAAAUGGGUGGAGGAGAUUUGGUAGAAUUUGAAGAAAUCAUGGCAUCCAUCUACCAUGAAGAAUAUGGAAAAGGUGUGGAAGGCAGAGCAGCAGGACAGUCGAGAGAAGAAGAAGAUAGCCGAACUGAAGAAGGAAAUAGAAAUGGAGAAGGACAGAGAAGAUAUAAAGAAGUAUGCGAUGGAACAGGGUGUAAUAGAGAAGAAAGAUGACAAGAAAUUAGAUUGGAUGUACAAGGGACCCAAUCAGAUGGUCGACAGAGAAGAUUAUUUACUCGGGAAGCCCAUUGACAAGUCUUUCGAACAAUUGGCUCGAGUAGAAAAAGAUGUGACUGCUGCAACUCAGAAUCCAACAUCCAAAAAUCAUGUCGAGCACGAAUGUAUCCCACCAUCGCUACGUUUCUUCUCUGGCAACGAGCAAGUCGACUUGGCAAGAAAGAUGCAAGAGGAUCCUUUGUACGCCAUAAAGAAGAAAGAGAUGGAAACGAGGAGUCAGCUGCUAAAGAACCCAGUUAAACUGAAGCAGUUACAACAGUUGUUGGAGCAGCAGCAGGAGCAGUCGAAGAAAAUGAAAACUGAAAAGAAGAUUAGCAAAAACCAGACGAAGCGAAAGAGGAAGGACAAGAAAAUGAAAAAGCGCAAGGAGGAUAUCGACAGUGACGAUGAAGCACAAUUGGAUCUGUUACUGGCUGCUAAAUAUAAGAAAUUGAAGGAAAGAAUCAGCGAUAAAGAUUUAAUCAAGUCGGUGAAGAGAGUGAAGAAACGUAAGCAAAAAAAGAAAUUGAAAAAGAAGAACGAUGGUUCGAGUAGCGAGUCGCAGAGCGACGAACGAAGCGAAGAAGAUUCCAGCGACGAAGAGACGAAGGGAUAUAAGAAGAGAAAGAGUAAAGAAAGCAUUUGUCAAAUUAAGAAACACGGUAAGACGAAGAAGAAAAAACAUGGUUUCCCAAGUGCUGAGGGCCGAGCAGCAGCAGUAGCAGAAGAAGAAGAAACGGCGGCGGCGGGGGAGGAGGAGGAACACCAGAAAGAAGAACGAAAACGUAAGAAACAUGGUACUCGCUCGAGUUCAAGCGAAGAAAGUAACUACAACAGAUCGGUCGUAGUAGGAAAAAGAAAAAGUAGGACGCAUAAAAGAAAUAGUAGCAGUAGUAGGAGUAACAGCAGCAGCAGCAACAGCAGAGACAGUAGUAGUGAUGAUCGUAGGGAGAAAGACCGCAGCUCAUUCCGCUCAAGAAGUCGUCGUCGUCGUUCAAGGAACAAGGAACGGGAAGACUCUCGUCGGGAUAUCAACUACCAUAUCCAGACGACGACACUGAACGCUGAAGACAGGCACAGAACUGUUUCAAACCGCGAAUCAACGCAUAAAAGGGAAACAGUAAAUUCUGGAGAAGUAACUAGAAAAAAAUAUUAUAACGAAGAUAGGAGGAGGAGGAACGAAGAUGGAAAACGGAACCCAGCCAAGGAACAGAAACAAGCUCUCACGGAGGAAGAAAAAGAACGACGUAGACAAGAAAUGAUAGAGAAUGCAACGUGGCGAGACAAAGAACGAGAACAAAAUGUUAAAAAGUAUCGAGAAGAAGAGAAGCAAGAGAUGGACAGUGGGAAAGUGUACAGUCAAGAUUUCGUCAGAAAACAAUUAGCGGUUGCUGCCGAAGUAGGUACCGUUGCUUCGAGAAUUAAAGCCAACAUAAACAAUAUACAACGGUCUGGUAGAGCGAUGGAUACGAAUUUUGCUAAAAGAUGAUUUUAACCGGGUCGAAUCAAUCAAAUUUUUGUACGAUUCUGUAACGUGUCUCGUCGUCACGAACAAGUAUUCUAUUUUACAAACAGCAACAA